CAUGGUGUAUACAUAAUUAUAACGAUUCAGAUUUGAUUUUAGAUCACUAUAUAGGUUUGCAUUUCCAUCCAAGCUGAAGCCAUCAGUUCCAUUUGGUUUAGUAGCAUUAAACGCAUCUUCAUCCAUAUCGUAUUCCAAGGUACCAUUGUCAGUUUGAGGUAUAAUAGGUCAUCAAAAGGCUACAGUUUUUGCAUGCAACAUCGUUACUACAUAUAGGAUGCAUGCUCAAGUUUACACAUGCACAAGAUUUGAUUAAAUAAUAGGCAAAUUUAUUGUAAGCUCAGGCCUAACUGCAUGCAUGUGACUUACAUGCGCAUUCUGUUGACUCGGUUAACGGUUAAAACUUGCACACUAAGACAGCUACUGCACACAGACUUGAUGACUUGGAUCCUGCAUGGUAUACUGAAGUGCAAAGAUUAUGACACUGGGUCUGUUUACAGCAGAGCAAUAAUUGUUUUAUGCAUGCAUAUGUGUGGGUUGCGCAUGCGCGCAUGGUGAUGGGGGAAACAUCUUAAUAAAUGUAAUUGAUUCAUGUGCAUGUCAGCGUUACUUAGCAACUGUUAGGCUAGCUUAUUCAUACUGUCUGAUUAUCUUUAACUCAGUCUGUUUGAACCCUGGCCUCUACUGUGUACCUCAAUUGCAUAUAAUUAGCACAGUUUGUCCUUGACUCUGUAUAUAUACAGAUUGUUUUAGGUUUCUGCGUGCCAAACAAACGCAUAUAAUUAUGAUACAUUCUCAAACUAGCUAAUCAUAAUGUUCAGUGGAAUCGUUGCAAGCUGUUAAAGAUGUACUACUGUUUCGUAUUACAACUGUUCCUGACAAUGGCUCUGUCAUCAGUGCAAACUGCAGAAAUAUUAAAUUUCUCUCAGUCAACUGAUGCUGUAGCCCCAGGUGGAAACAUAAUAUUCAUUUGCGAGGUAAUUGGUCGCUCUGCGGAGUGGAAAAUCAACGACACUUUUCGAUACCAAUCUGAUCCGACUAGGGGCCUCUUUAUUAAUGUCCCUAUAAGGAAUGAUACUAUAUCGGAUUACUUGCUUUUAAGGCUGACUAUCACAGCUUAUGAGUACAACAAUAGUUCGAAAAUAUCUUGUUUUGGUUUUGACCCGGACACCCAACAAGACAAGCUCUUCAUUAUUGCAGGACCACCAUCUGAACCCCAGCCACGAUUCAGUUACACCGAUAAUGGUUUGUCACUCACCAUCACUUGGAACAAACCCUUCACCCACACUGGAUUCAACAUCACUGCAUACUCACUGCUAAUUUACAACACGUCUGAUUCCACAAUGAGAAAUGUGACAUUGGGUCAACAACGUAUGUAUGUGGAUGUCAUUGAUACUGCCCCUACCAAUUUCCACGAGCUACAAUACACUGUAACAGCAUACAACUCAUUAGGGAGCAAUGCAGCAAGUGUCAUUGCAGGAUAUCCAAUUCCAAUUGAUCCUGUUGAAAUUCAAUGGAGAGUUUUGUACGACAGAGACAGUGCACCAUACUUGGAGAUAUGGUUUGAACCAGCCUAUGUUUGUUCCUUCCAAGAUGUCGAGUAUACAGUUUAUCUUGAGAACGUUUCCGGAAACUCUACCCUACAAACCUAUGGUGAUGUUUUGUACAGUGUUCAUUCUGGACUGAGUGUUGGAGCUAAUUAUACAGUAAUUAUAGAAGAACAAAGCACAGUAGGACUCACUGUGUCAAGACAAGAUAUUGUUAUUGAAGCACUGCAUUCUCAGACUAUAAAAGAACAAAGCACAGUAGGCCCUGUGUCAAUACAAGACGUUGAAGCACUGCCUUCUCAGAGUAUAGGUAAUCAACAAGUACAAAUACAUAUCACAGCCAUUGGAGGGCUUGCUGUGUGUUUGGCCGUUUCCCUUGUACUCUUCUUCAUCUUCUUAGCUCUUUACUGCAAGCAAAGGAAAAAAGCAAAAUAUCUAAGAAAAAUCUCGGUUGAUACGGCCAAUAAUGGACGACCAAGCACAUUGCGAACAAGAUCAUCAGCCACAAAGCUAAAUCCCAUUUACGAAGGAGGUGGUCCUGUGUAUGAGAGUCCUGGUGGAGAACCGUUACGUGCCCUUCUAUCAACUAGCACACCGAGUACUCCCAAUACCCCUCUCGAUAACAAUAACCCACGUUACGUCUUUGAUAUGCCCCCACCAGAUCUUCCACCCCCCAGGAAGCUUCAGUUCGUGCUCCCCAACGCCCCAUCCUGUAAUGGAGGGAACCUGGAGGAAGAUCAAGAGAAGGCAGACCUAAAGGUGGCUUUAGAAGAGCCAGAGUACACAAUGACGAGGCCGAUCCGAGCAGUCAAGCCUUCGCCUUUGAUUUUAUCUACUUAAUUUUAUUUUAAUAUACUCAAAAACAUGUAACGUGCGUGUGUGUAACUGUUCAGAAGUGUAAUAAAAAGGUAGAGAAGACAUUGAAUUUACUUCUUUUUUCAAUUUGGAAUUCUAAUUUUUUUUUGUUUUGUAGCAUUUAGUGAUUGAGGCCCUGUCACACAG